UUCAAAUCAAAAUACUUCCCACAUACUACUACUUCGCCGCAAUCACAGCAAACAAGUAAAUAUUUUUUGUCGCUACUGGUUCUAACCGUCCUUUGACGCAGGUCAAAUUUACCGAAGAACCCGAACGUGCCAUGUGGCGAACGUUGGACACGUGAUCCGCCAGCGCUCUCCCACACGAUGUGGCGAAUGGCCAUGUGUCCAACAGUGUAAGGCAUUUACCACAUCGUGUGGGACCGGUUUACUUCUCAAGAAGUUUGCUUUCUGCUUUAUUUCUUUCAAUGAUCAAUUGACAUAUGUCACUGCUAGCUGCCAACAUUUUAUUCUGUCAAUUGUCUCUUUUCGCGCUGUGUUUUCUUUUUGGCGAACAGCAUGCGGGAAAUUACUACAGAUUAGUUUUCCUCCUAAAAAACAAAAAAAAACCUUGCUACAAACUAAAAAAUUACUCAAAGCAUUCGGAUACGUAUGAGAUUAUUGUAUAGUGCAUUCAAAGUGAAUCUUCUUGAUAAGAAAUUAUGAUAUAACGGUUGCACGAUGGGGGAAGCAAAAUUAGUGAGAAACGGUACCUGCAAAACGGUAGCUAUAAGAUACCGAUUCGUGUACGAAAAUGUUGGAGGAGGAGAGCCCUGCUUGGAGUUUCUCCCUCAUCCGCUAAUCAAAUUGAAAGUUGAUCCUCCAAAAACAGCAGUUCAGGAUAUCAACCCCGAAAGUAUUAAAUAUGAAGAUGAUAUCGACUAUCUACGUACGUUAGAUCCAAAGGAAUGGAAAAGCCAGGAUCAUUAUAAGGUUUUAGGUAUACAAACUUUGAGACACAAAGCAACAGAGGAAAUCAUCAAAACAGCAUACCGUAAAAAAGUUCUGAAACAUCACCCAGAUAAACGAAAAGCUAAUGGUGAAGACGUUAAAAAAGAUGAUUAUUUUACCUGUAUUACAAUGGCUUAUGAGACUCUGGGUAACCCCCUUAGAAGAAGAGCUUAUGAUUCUGUAGAUCCAGAAUUUGAUAACAAUAUACCAAGCGGAUCUGAUCUAAAAGGAGAUUUUUAUGAUACAUUUGGAUAUUAUUUUGAUUUGAAUGCAAGAUGGUCUGAGAGAGCACGUGUGCCUCAAUUAGGGAAUGCUGACUCAAGCCGAGAGGCUGUUGAGAAUUUCUACUCAUUUUGGUAUGAUUUUAAGUCUUGGAGAGAAUAUUCUUAUGAAGAUGAAGAAGAUAAGGAUAAAUGUCAAGAUAGAGAUGAAAGGAGAUACGUGGACAAAUUGAACAAAGCCGAGAGAUUGCGAAAGAAAAAAGAAGAAAUGUGUCGAAUCCGUCAGUUAGUAGAUUUGGCUUACAAUAAUGACCCACGGAUUGCCAAGUUCAAGCAGGAUGAUAAAGAGAAAAAAUUAGCUGCCAAAAGGGCUAAACAGAAUGCUGUACAAGCUAAGAGAGAAGAGGAAGAGCGACUAUUGAGAGAGUUACAACUUGCUAAGGAGAAGGCUGAGGCUAGCGAACGUGCGAGCAUCGAAGCCAAGAGACAGGAACGUGAGGCCCAAAGGAAAGCAUUGAAGAAAGAAAGAAAAACGCUUCGGGACACGUGCAAAGCAAAUAAUUACUACGUGGACAAUAGCGAGCAAAAUUUAGCUAACAUGACGGCAUUGGAAGCGUUAUGUGAGAGACUUUCCCUGAAUGAAAUGGAGGAACUCAAUAAAAACAUCAAAAACGAAGGUAAAUCUGCCUUCCUCAAAGCUAUUAAAGAAAAUCAACUGCGCCAAGAGCGCGAAAGGCAAGCUGUUCUAGAGCAAGCCAAGCAAAAAAACAAUGCAGAGAAAAACUCGGGAGUUGUCCUCAUAGCGCCUGAAUGGAAUGAGGAAAAUAUUCAGCUGUUAGUGAAAGCCGUAAACUUAUUCCCUGCUGGUACAAACCAGAGAUGGGAAGUCGUAGCGAAUUUCAUAAACCAACAUGGCACUUUCAGUGAAAAUACUAGUAAAUUCAAUUCAAAGUUGGUUUUAGCAAAAGCAAAGGAUUUACAAAACGCCGAUUUUUCGAAGAAUAAUUUAAAAGAAGUUGCUGCCAAGCAGGCAUUGGAAAGCUUUAAAAAGGACAAGAGAAAUGUUUUGAAUGUUGAUGAAAGCGGCAUAUCUAAAAAGUUGGAUUCUGAAGGGACAAAUAAUGUCAAAAAGUCAGUUUCUAACAGUGAGAUUACACCGAAAAAUGAAGUUCCUUGGACUACAGACGAGCAACAAUUAUUGGAGCAAGCUUUAAAGACGUACCCGGCCUCAACUGCAGAGCGUUGGGAUAGAAUAGCAGAAUGCAUUCCCAAUAGGACGAAAAAGGAAUGUAUGAGAAGGUAUAAAGAGUUAGUCGAGACUAUCAAAGCGAAAAAGGCCGCCCAGGCGGCUGUUCAGCAGACUAAGUGAUUUUCAGUGUGCCAGAAUUUUGUGGUUUCUGUCCCAGUUUUCUCCAUGUAAUUUCUCUACUGUCAAAUAAAUCUUUCCCCUGACA